UUCCUGUCGAUCUCUCAUAAACAUGUAGCACUGUUGUGCACUUACUUAUUCAAGACACUAUGUAUCCUUAAUUGUAAGAGAUAAUUUCUCUCAUGUCACCAUAAAUUCUCCGAAUAUCUAAUUUGCUACUGAAAAAAAAAUGACAUAUCCCAUGUAUAUCAUCCGGUUACAAAUUAUUGCCCUUAUAUUCCAUUAUUAACUUGUGAACUCAUAAUAGAGCUGCAAAAUAACCUCUCUUAAUUGUAAUUGUGCAUUGGAUGUCCAGUAACAAGAUUCGGAACAUUCAAUUGCGUCAUGGCAAGUUUGAUUAUCAUCCCCAAAAGCACUAAUUGCAAACAUUGGAUGGCAACUAAUUUGAACAUAGAAUCUAAAGAAACUCGGCAGACAAUAAGUUAACUCUAAUGACAAAUGAAAAUUUAUUCCGCACGUUCUAAACGAGAGAAUUUGUUUGGCACCCCUAAGAUUGAUAAUUCAGCGCAUCUAGAGCUUGUCAUAUCAUCUCAAACUUAUUAAGUCUGCACAAAAACCACCUCUCCAACAGUCUUUCUCUAACACUCUGAAAAAUAUUUUUUUACUGGCCCACUCGCCCGUUCUUGAGAUGGAUCAAGGAAACAGUCUAACAUAACAUGACGAGAGUAGCGCUUGAACGUCACAUUUAAAUGGCAUUCGGAUUAAAUAAAAUCAAAUGGCAUGACUCGCUCCGACUCCCGUCGACCGUCGCAACCGAUGUACUCCUUCGCAAUCCCCGCCUGUCAGUCAUCCCACACCGCGUGGAUGGGCGCGACCGCCCGACGCCGCGCGGGUGCUAGGAAGCGCACGGGCAACGGCGGGGAGGCGGUGGAGGCGUGCGCAGCGGAGCAGCCACAUAACCUUGGCACUGGUCGCGGACCGGGCCCCGCUGCCCGCCGCCACCGACCUCGCUACGCCGCGCCGCGCGCCAGGCCGCAGACCUCCGCCACCGACCUCGUAGGCCAAUGCCAUAGCACCUGGAGCCGUCUCCUGCCGGCUGCCGCUGCGGGCCUCACCCGGGAACUGCUGGAUGCCCCGCGGUCUCGUAGCUUGGUUGGCAUCGCCGCUGACACUGCCUACAAAGCGUUCGACGAAAUGCCUGGUCAAGCGAAUAGUUGUAUUUACUCGGCCAAACUAUGUUGGCCUCGUCAGAGUGGUAUUUUCAUCAAAGGAGUGGAAAGGAAAACACUCCGGUAAAGGUUACACAAGUGAGCACCAAAGAUGGACCCAUUGAAACUGUAGCGUUAGAUGCUGACUCGCAAGUUGCUAUCGAAAAGGAUUUAGUUUCACAAGCGGAAGAGGAGGACAUUGAGGCUCUCCUUGGGAAUUAUGUUAUGGCCAUUGGUGAAGCAGAGGCUUUUUCAGAAAGGAUGAAGCGUGAACUUGUAGCUCUUGAAUCUGCAAAUGUUUAUGCCCUUAUGGAAACUGAGUCAGUUGUUGAAGAGGUAUUGCAGGGCUUAGAAAUAGCUAGUAUAUGUGUUGAAGAUAUGGAUGAAUGGCUUGGCAUUUUCAAUAUAAAGCUUAGGCAUAUGAGGGAGGAUAUACAAUCUAUAGAAUGGCGUAAUAACAGGUUGGAGUUACAAUCUGUAAGUAAUGUGGCGUUAAUUGAUGAGCUCGACAAAAUGCUUCAACUCCUGCAGAUACCGCCCGAGUACGAGGCAUCGUUAACUGGAGGAUCUUUUGAUGAGGGAAAUAUGGUUAAGAACAUUGAAGCCUGUGAGUGGUUAACCAGUGCUAUGAAGAACCUAGAAGCAUCCAAUCUAGAUCCAAGCUAUGUGAAAUUGCGUGCUGUUAGGGAAAAACGUGCAGAAUUUGUACUUCUUAAGUGCACGUUUGUUCGGAGGGCAUCGGAAUUUUUAAGGAAUUACUUUCCUAGUUUGAUUGAUUAUAUGCUAAAUGACAAAGGCAACUUCUCUCAGCGAGGUCAUCCGCAGAGGCCUGACCAUGCUGAUAUGAGGUACAAAUGCAGGACUUACGCGCGGCUUCUACAAUACAUCAAGAGCUUGGACAAAAGUUGUUUGACGCCUUUACGGAAAGCUUACUGCCAUUCUUUGAAUUUGCUAAUUCGACGGGAGGCUCGUGAAUUCUCUAAUGAACUCCGUGCUAGCUCAAAAGCAUCAAAGAGCAGCACACCAUUAUUUGAGGGUCCUGCAGGUGCAAACCAGCCAGCGAGUAUUACAGAUAGUUCUGCAGAUGCAUACUCCAAGAUGAUCACUGUUUUCAUUCCACUUCUUGUUGAUGAGAGCUCAUUCUUUGCACAUUUUAUGUGCUUCGAAGUUUCUGCACUUGCUCCAUCAGAUGCUUCAAAUAGCAAUCCUAAUCCUGAGGCAAAUAGUACUUCUUCGACCACUUUAGAAGCUUCUGCAAGCAUUGCCAAACCAAGUAACAAUCCAGCUGAGUUAGGAGUGCUAAACGAAUGCCUUCAGGAGUUGCUUGAUGGUAUUCAGGAGGAUUUCUAUGCAUUAGUUGACUGGGCAUUCAAGCUAGAUCCAUUGAGUUGUAUAUCAAUGCAUGGAAUAACGGAUCGAUAUCUUUCUGGUCAGAAAGCAGACGUUACAGGAUAUGUACAUGUGUUGCUUGAUGACUUGGAGACAAGAAUAACAAUUUUGUUUAGCAGGUUUGUUGACGAUGCCUGCUACCAGAUUGAGAAGUAUGAGCGCAAUGUGCGGCAAAUUGGAGUUGUGCCCUAUAUUCCCAGGUUCUCUCAACUUGCAGCACGUAUGGAGCAGUAUGUAAAUGGAUCCAGGGAUCUGGUUGACCAGGCAUAUACUAAAAUUGUGAGUAUUAUGUUUGUGAUACUGGAGAAAAUUGCUCAAGUGGAACCUAAAUAUGUUGAUAUUGUACUUUUGGAGAAUUAUGCAGCUUUCCAGCACAGUCUGUAUGAUUUGGCGAAUGUUGUGCCAACACUUGCGAAGUAUUAUCAUCAAGCUAGUGAAGCCUAUGAACAAGCUUGUUCGCGCCAUAUCAAUUUGGUCAUAUAUAUACACUUCGAAAAACUAUUCCAGUUUGCUCGGAGAAUUGAGGAACUACUGUACAACAUGAGUCCUGAGGAGAUACCUUUCCAAGUUGGAAUGUCAAAGGUAGAAUUUCGCAAGGUGUUGAAGUGUAGCUUAACUGGACUUGACAAGACAAUCAAUGCAAUGUAUAGAAAAUUGCAGAAGAAUAUAACUGCCGAGGAAUUGCUUCCUUCACUAUGGGAAAAAUGCAAGAAAGAGUUUCUCGAUAAAUAUGCAACCUUCCUCAAAUUGAUUUCCAAAAUAUAUCCUGAUGAAAAGGUGACAUCCGUCAAUGAAAUGAGAGAUAUCCUAGCUGCUCUGUAGCAAUUUCUCUUGCAAGGUGCUUUGGAAGAGAGUUGCUUUGGUUGUAUAUAGAAUUGAAGAUUCCUUUGCCGGGGUAUUUUGUACCCGAGGACAGAUACUACAUCAGGAGCCCCAGCAUAACGUGGUAUUGAAGAAGCUGAAGACUGGUGGUAGUAUUAUCUUGACCUGGGAAAAAUGUUGGUCUUAAAUUUUGUGACAUGUCUAGUACUCCGUCCGGUAGCUUUUCAUGUUAUAUUUUUUGUGUUGUUGUGCUCUAUGAUUUGGGUUUGGUGGUGUCGUUUCCCACCUGUGUUGUUGGCAUGGAUGGUUAAGCAACAAUAAUUUAACACACACGUGACAUGUGAUUCACUAGUUGCGGCGGUGGCAAUAAAUAUAAAUUCCAAAGAUA